UGUUAUAGUUAAUACAUUUUAUGGUUGUAGCCCACUAUAAAAAAAAGUAUGUAAAAAUCAGUAUUGGGCUGCUGUGAUACUGUUCAUCCAAACAAACAUGGAAGUCUUUGCCCCAAUCACAUCUCUCGGUGGAGCUUGAUUAUUAUCACCUGCGUGUUCACCUGCGAGCAAAAACAAUGAGACUCUAUCACCGUUAGGUUUGUGUUAGCCACUAUCGACGGCUGGAAAUUAUUUUCGCGCUGAAUCAUGCUGAGCAACAACACCGGCCCAGUGUUUCUGAAAAUAACUGCAGGCCAAACUGUACUUGUCCAUAAUUGAUGACGUGAUUGAGAGUAUGAGGGAGCUGUUUUUGGAUGAAGGGCUUGAAGACCGCGUCCUGGACGAUUUAAGACAUCUUUGGGAGUCAAAGAUGAUGCAGUCAAAAGCAAUGGAAGACUUCAGGAAAAAUAAUAUCAACUCAUCCAACUUUGUACUGCAGCUCCCUGCCAGCUACAGUCGGACAGAUCAAGAACUCACAACCUCAGUUUUGAUCCCCGCAAGUCACAAUAUCCACAGUUUUCCAAUGAAGACCAACUCGGAGACUCUUGCUACUUUCUCCCUUCCUGCAGGGUUAUCCUACCCUGUGCAAAUACCAGCUGGAGUCACUCUUCAAACUGCCUCUGGUCAACUUUACAAGGUCAACGUUCCUGUUGUGGUAACUCAGGCUCCGGCAGUUCAGCCUCUUAUAUCCCGACCCACACAGAGAGUGUCUGUGGAGAGAGAAGCUCCUGCCCCUCAGUCAUCUGCUGUCCCACCAAACACCAAGCGGCCUCAGGAGGGGGAUCCACCCUCUGUUCCAGCUUCUUCUAUUCAACCGCCUCCAAAUGCACGGAUAGAUAUUCCCCCUGGUCAGGAGAACAGCUACCCCCCCCAGCAACCUCAUGUUCCUGCUGCUGAGCCCUCGCAGCUUCAGGGGGCCCGCUCUCCAGAGCCAGACAUCAAAAUGGAUGAAAAUGAGCAGAGUCCUCAACACGAACCUGUGAACCUCAGUAUGAACGCCUCACCCUGCAGUCAGUUAUUAGAGCAGAUCAGCAGCGAGGAGGCUUUGGCACAGACUGCACAGUUGAAGAGCCAAGACAUUGAUGACAUCCUGAAAGAAGUGAUUGAGGAGGAGAGAGAGAAGGCAGAAAGGGCGAGGAUCCUAGCACCUGCAAAGAAUGACAACAAGCCUGAUCCUGUUAUUGGGCUGGACCUGGACUUCAAUUACAACGAGCUGUCAGAUAUCGUUCAGCUGGAUGGUCCUGCAGGGAACUCCGACAUGGAGGAGGAAGAGGGAGGUCCCCUGGAAGAGAACGACUUUCUGGGUAUAAUCAACGCAGAGGCCAUAAAAGCACUGCAGGAGGGAGAGGGAAGCAGUGACGGUAACAGCAUCUCCUCCAGCAGCGACAGCGAGGUAGCAGAACUCGAAGAAGCAGUUGAAGAGGAUCCUUUGAACUCAGGCGAUGAUGUGAUCGAGCAGGACAUCCCAGAUCUCUUUGACACUGACAAUGUAAUCGUCUGCCAGUAUGACAAAAUCCAUCGAAGCAAGAACCGCUGGAAGUUUCAUUUGAAAGAUGGCGUGAUGUGUUACGGAGGCAGGGACUACGUGUUCUCUAAAGCUGUCGGGGAGGCUGAGUGGUGAUGAGCAUCCGCGCUCUUGAACGCACCAGGUGAUCAUGUCGAACGUCGGGGAAACGGAUUCAAAAGGGAAAAAUAAUCUGUGAAUUUAGACCUUGGUGGUGUCAUUUGGCUCGCAGAGAAGGCAGUUAAACACCUCUGAGUGAAAUCACUGAUACUUUAGUUUUCCAUUAUGUAAUUAUCAGAGCAAUACCGCAAGUCAUUUAAGCAUAACAACCAAUUACAUACGGCGUUGCUUGUGGAUCAAGUGUGCUGAGACAAACAGCAUGCAUUUCUGUUGUUAAAUGUUUACCUGAAAAUACUUUUCUUUGUUAGUAGAGCAAAACAUAAUUUGACCUGGAAUAUUGUUUCUUCUGUCAUGAUCAUGUUGCUUUGCAGGUACCUAAUGUGCUGUUUGAUUUUCAAAAGUUGUAAUGCCUUGCCUUUAAUGAUGCUUCAAAUACAAAGAACUGCACUGUUGUGCUGCAUUCAA